AUGGUUUACCCCAGUGAGACCCUGGCACUUCUAGGACAGGAUUUUGGGAACAACAAAGAUGCUAGGAAAAUGCGAGGGCGCAACAAUGGCUUGAAAGACUCGAAAAAGUCAGGAAAAUUGGGUACAUUCGAUGGUGUGUUUCUUCCUACCGCCCUUAAUGUCCUUUCCAUUUUGAUGUUUUUAAGAUUUGGGUUUAUUGUGGGUCAAAUGGGAAUACUAGGGACAUUUUUAUUGCUUGUGAUGUCUUAUACCAUCGAUAUGUUUACCGUAAUGUCGGUCAGUGCCAUUUCUACGAACGGUACAGUCAAAGGCGGAGGUGCUUACUACAUGAUCUCACGAUCUCUAGGACCCGAAUUUGGUGGCUCCAUUGGUAUCAUAUUUUAUAUUGGUCAAAUCUUGAAUGCGUCGUUGAAUGUGGUGGGUUUCAUCGAACCGUUAACUGUCAAUUUCGGUCGCAUAUCCGGAGAUAUUGCCAAUAUAUUACCAGUGGGUUAUUGGUGGCAGUUGAUGUACUCCACCAUUUUGCUUUUCUUGUGCACUGCAAUUGCAUUGAUCGGCUCAAGACUAGUGUCAAAGACUGCUCUCUUUCUCUUCAUCAUGCUCACUUUGAGUACAUUAUCUAUUCCAUUAUCCACUGCAUUUGUUAAGCCGUUUUAUCCUCCCGGCUUCGAUAUCAUGUACACGGGUCCCUCGUGGACCACUUUCAAGGAAAACUUACUACCAAAGUUCACCAGCGGGGCUGCAGGUUCAGUCCAACCUCCGGGUCAGCCAGAAACAUUUCGUAAUUUGUUUGGUAUUUUCUUUCCAGCUACAGCAGGCAUAUUUGCCGGUGCUUCGAUGUCGGGAGAACUCAGGAAACCCAGCAAGUCGAUUCCUCGAGGAACUAUUAACGGCCUUAUCUUCACAUUUAUUUUUUACCUGUUGGUAAUUACAUCUUUAGGAGUUUCUAUCCCUAGAGAUUUGUUGCAUAAAGAUAUCAAGGUGAUUCAGACUGUGAACAUAUAUGGUCUCAUUAUCAUCUUGGGUGAAUUCUCGACGUCGCUUUUCUCUGUCAUAAUGGGUGUGGUUGGAGCUGCGAACAUUCUUGGUGCUAUAGCGAACGAUCGGAUCAUCCCUGGCCUUUCUGUGUUUUCCACCAUAAAAAAAUCUUCGACACAGGCUACCAAAGCACGCAUCAUGUGUAUAUUGGUUACUUGGCUUAUUGCUCAAGUUUUUCUUUUUGCCGAUAUCAAUCAAAUUGCUACAUUUAUCACGAUGGCCUUUCUUAUGACAUUUAUUGUCACCAAUCUAGCCUGCUUUUUGUUGAAAAUUGGCUCUGCUCCCAAUUUCAGGCCCUCCUUCAAAUACUUCAAUUCCAAGACUGCCUUUUUGGGUUGUGUAUCGUCCAUCAUAGCAAUGUUCAUCGUGGACGGUAUCUCUGCCACUCUUAUUAUUGCAUUUUUGAUGUUUUUGAUUAUGGCCAUACACUAUAUGACACCGCCUCUGAAGUUUGGUGACAUAUCUCAGUUAUUAAUUUACCAUCAAGUGCGCAAGUACUUGCUUCGCCUCAAGUUGCAAAUGAGUACUAAGUACUGGCGACCUCAAAUUCUUCUUCUUUGCGACGACCCUCGUUCGUGCUGGAAUCUCAUAGGUUUUUGCAACCAUUUGAAGAAAGGUGGUUUGUAUAUUCUUGGUCAUGUCGUCAUCAUCAACGACGGAAACAAUGAUGGAAGUACUUCAGAGUUUGGUGUCAAUGCCUAUCAGGAAUUAAAAUCACAGCGUAAUGCAUGGGUUAAGCUCCGUGAUAUAUCCAACAUUAAGGCUUUUGUGCAAAUUGCAGCUGGUCCAACACUUCCAUGGGGCGUCAGAAAUGUCUUUUUGGGAUCUGGAUUGGGUGGUAUGAGACCUAAUAUUACCGUGUUGGGCUUUUAUGAUUUUGUGAAACAUGGUGUACAAUUGCCUCUUUUGCCCUCGUUUAAGGAUAAGCAAAAACUUUUGUCUCUCCCUACGGACUCUUGCAGAAAGGAGCAAAAAGUGUCAAUCAAACAAUGGGUCCAGAUAGUAGAAGACUUGAUCGUGAUGCAGGCUACCGUCGCUGUAGCGGCCAAUUUCAAUAUCUUAGAUCUCCCCAAGCUGGACAAAAAGCAUCAUUCAAUCUUCACAAAAGCCAAGGAUCAUUUUUCCAAGCAUGAAAAGAAGUACAUUGAUUUGUAUCCAAUUCAGAUGUCAUCUAUUGAUUUUCUCGAAAAUGGAAAGUCAAUUCUUUCUACCAAUUUUGAUACCUAUACGCUUAUAUUGCAACUAGGAGCUAUUCUAGUAACUGUUCCGGAAUGGAAGUAUACUUCGCAUGUCCUUCGGGUCAUUGUCUUUGUUGAACUCGAAGAGGAAAUUGAGGAUGAAAGAAAGAGGCUUGCGGCGUUGUUGGAGUCGUUGCGAAUUGAUGCUGAUAUCAAGGUUAUACAUCUUGGUGAUGGGUCUCUUGACACUUACAAUUACAUGGUAAAGGGCUAUACCAAGACAGCCACUAAUAAGAAGGAAUACUCACGCGUGGACCAGGUUUUGAAAAAUGAUCAAUGGUGGGCCAAUUUGUGCAAUGCAAGAGAAACAAUUCGAGAAAUCGAAAAGCUGAAGCUGCGCCGACAAGCAAGAAAUGCUUCAAGGGCCAAAGAAAGUGUGUUUUUCAAUCCUUUGAAUUUCGGUGGUGGAAAUACUCCUGUGGAUGAAAGACCCUUCAGCGGUGGAGUUCGCAACAGAAGGUAUACUCUUUCGAACUUGCAUGAUCAAGGUCUUUCGCUUUCGUUCAACAUGAAGUCCCAGCAUGGAGACCAAUUCUUCAAAUCCAUGCCAGAUGACAGCUCUAGCUCGAGUAGUGAGAGUGAGAAGGAAGAAGAUAGCAGCGCCGAAAAUAGCGACUACAGUUUUGCUCGUGAUCUGGGACACAAUACCACGGGAAAUAACUAUCUACGUCCAGAAUUAAAGUCGAGAGCGAGUAAGCUCAAACAGAGUGAAGGAUUGGGAAGCGGUAGCGGCCAUAGGUCUAGCGACCAACUCUCCAUACGGUCUUCGAGAUCAAAUCUCAGGCCCAAUUUCUUGUCAUACAAGAUACCAGAAGCUCAGAUCCAGGACAAUGAUGAUAGUGGUGGUGAGGAUGACAACAAGCCGUCCAUAGGCUUUGUUGAAGACUCGGAAGGCUCUGAUAAAGAUGACGAUAACACCGAACGAGCUGAAGAUACGAAGCAUGAAGAGCUGACAGUGGAGAAAGUGAACAGAGUUGCGAGCAACAAGGACUAUUUCAGCAUCAAACCAGUGGGCUCGGAGCUAACCAAAAAGAAAUCUGAUUUGGGUGGCAUGAAAUCACCUUCGAUACUCACGAACAAGGAAGACAUUAUGCACAAGAUUCAGACUCCCCAAUUUUUGGAAGCCGAAGACGAUGAAGAGGCUAAUGAUAGCGGUGAUUCCAAUGUAGACCCCAAAGACCCCAGAUCCAAAAGCAGAUCUGUUCCAUCAUCGGCGUCUACUUCUCGCUCUGACGCUUAUAAAGGUCUUCCUCAAAUGACAUCGGCUCAGGCUACUGAUGCUGGACUUACCCGAAAGCAAUUGCAAGAAGAACUCAAGAACAUCUCCUUCAACGACCUUCCGGCAAAGGGCCAGCAUCUUGUGCUCAAUGAAAUCAUGAGACGCAAUUCACCAAAAGAUUCCACUGAUAUCAUAUUUUCCACAUUGCCGGCACCUACUCUAGGAGCACAUCUCGAUGAGGAAGAUGCGUUCGAAUACACCAAUAAUUUAGCAGUGUGGCUCGACGGUCUCAGUCCGAUUUUCCUCCUCAAUUCGCAAUCAGUGACGGUAACGACAGCCUUAUAA